AUGCAUGAGCUAAGGUUCGCUACUUGUGGCCUAGUUUCUAUAGUAGAAGUAUUUUCUGGCUAUUUUGUUCUUACUAGUUUUUUCAUAACUGUUUUAACUAACUAUAGUACUUUGUCAGAUAGAAAGUAUUUUAUAUAG